AUGUUCUUGCAAGAUAUCUCAUUAGUCUCUCCAGAGAAAACAGAAUUGUCUCGUAUUAUCUCUCGGAAGAAUGUUCUGCAAGAUAUCUCAUUAGUCUCCAUAGAAAACAGAAUUGUCUCGUAUUAUCUCUCGGAAGAAUGUUCUGCAAGAUAUCUCAUUAGUCUCCAGAGAAAAAGAAUUGUCUCUGUAUUAUCUCUCGGAAGAAUGUUCUUUGCAAAAUAUCUUAUUAGUCUCUCAUUACCUCUCCGGAAGAAUAUUCUUGAAGAAGAUACAUUAGUCAGUAUCUCCAUAGAAAACAGAAUUGUCUCGUAUUAUCUCUCGGAAGAAUGUUCUUUUGCAAGAUAUCUCAUUAGUCUCCUCCAUAGAAAAACAGAAUUGUCUCUGUAUUAUCUCUCGGAAGAAUGUUCUAUAAAAAGAUAUCUCAUUAGUCUCUCCAUAGAAAAAACAGAAUUGUCUCGUAUUAUCUCUCGAAGAAAUGUUCUUGCAAGAUAUCUCAUUAGUCUCUCCAGAGAAAACAGAAUUGUCUGUAUUAUCUCUGGGGAAGAAUGUUCUUGCAAGAUAUCUCAUUAG